AUGGUUUACAGGGAAGACAUCCGAGGGGCAUCCGGAAGCGUCAAAAAGCGUACUCGAGCUCAGGACAAACUGGCUCGGGCAGCGGCUGAUCUUCGCCUGCGUGCUGAUAUCUAUAGAUUGGCUCGGAAGGCAGCUGACCACCUUGGUGGACUUGAUCCCAAGUACCAACCACUAGAAGAGAAAGACUUGGAGGCAAGAUCAGCCGCAAUCCAUGCGAGUGUCCGGGGCACCAAAAACGAACAUCUACCUUGGAUAUGGCGAGUUGAAGUUGAGGAGGCAGAGAGGAGUGACAAAUCAAAGUUCAUGGACACAUUUGACCGGAUUCAAUGGAUGCGUGCCAAAUGCCGGAGGGAUCGCUGGGAGGAAGAACUUAUUCUUCUCCACGAGGAGAUGAAACGAGUGCCCAAAUCAUUCAUGCACGAAGCCACACAGUGGAAACAUCGUGCCAACGAGGGAGAAGGGUGGUAUUCAGCGUUUGCUCAUAGUCAGCACGCAAGGUGGAUGAACUUGAAAGCCAUGGCGGAUGGGAUCUUCAGCACCCUGCCGGACGCACCAUCCGGUGUGCUUGCAUAA